AUGACCGGGGUCGAUCGGAUGCUCCGAGAUGGUCAUGCUCAAGUCAUUCGAGCCCUUGGAGGAGUUUGGGGUGCCAAAAUGAAGCGUCGCGAGGGCCUGCUGCGCACGUGUUUGGAGCUCCCAAGGUGUGAUAUUUUUUACGGCGGCCUCCCCCCUCCCUGGGGACUCGCCAGGGGUGGACACGGUGUGGGAAAGCGGCAUCAGAUGGCCCGGCAAUCGUCUCCGGGACGGCGGCGGACUCCCGACGUCGACGACGGUUUUGGCGGACCUGGGAGGUGA